AUGGAAUAGUGAACUUUAGCAAGUUGGUAAGGAAAUCAUUCAUGUUCGUGCAUUGAAAGUUGUAACAACUAAUACUUGAAUAAAAAAGAAAAUUUAUUUAUUAUCAUGGACGUUGUUAAUACAAUAUUAGAAAAUGAAGAGGUGAAAUCAGAUUCUAAAAAAUAUACGACAUUUCAUAAAGAUGUUGAGCCUGAAAUCGAUCUAGGUUCGCUCCUCGUGUCUGAUUCUAAUACUUUAGAUGUAAAAAGAUUAAGAUCGAAUUCAAGUACUUAUCUGCAGCAGUUAACAAGAGACAAUGUACAACUUCUAAUUAAUGCUGUAUGGAAUCUUCCUACCGAACGUGUGGAAGAGGCAAUAGUUGCUCAAUUGCCAAAGCCUCAAUAUGUACUUCCACGAACUCGUUGUAUCCCAAAACCUAAACCUUUAACAAAAUGGCAACAAUUUGCCAAAGAAAAGGGAAUAAGAACUAAUAAGAAAAAUAGGACAAAAUUGAAAUGGGAUGAAGAACUACAAAAAUGGAUGCCAAGGUAUGGUUAUCAACGGACUAAAGCAGCAGAACAAAAAGAAUGGCUUGUGGAAGUCGGAAAUGAUAAUAAUCCAAAAGAAGAUCCAUUUACUGCUAUGAGUGCAAGUAAACGUGAAAGACAAUCUAAAAAUGAAUUACAACGAUUACGUAAUAUAGCUAAGUCAAAAAAAGUGAAGUUACCACGAGUAGGUAUUCCUACUAUAGAACAUUUUCCCAAACCAAGUCAGCUUUCUACAGCUGUAACAGUAGCACAUCAAUCAACAGCAUCUCUAGGAAAAUUUCAAGAGAGAUUGCCAAAAGAAAAAGAUGCAAAGGGAAUUUUAACAAAAUUGCCAAGUUUGAAGAGAAAGGCUAAAGAAAUUCCAUUAAAUUUAAAAGAUGAAAAAGAAAAAAAUAAGGAUUUAGUAAAUAAAAUUCUUAGUCAUAAAAAUACCAUUUUAAAUACAGAUUCAUCUCCAGUAUCUACAAUGAAAAGAAAGAAAGUAACAAGUAAAAAAAGCAAAGGUUCAAAGAAACCAAAAGCUGGCAAAGGCAAAAGAGAUAUGCAUAUGAAAGUAGGUGGUAGAAAACGCAGAUAAAAAAAAUAAAGCAACAUAUAUAUAACACUUUUAAAUUAAACAAAAUAUGGUAAUAAAUUUUGUUAUAUUAUUCACGUUACUUAGAUAAUAUUACGCCUUUAUAUAUAAAUAUAUAGAAAAUGUACACAUA